AUGUUGAUAGUACUUUUUAUCUCCUAUUUUCAAAACUGGUCAGCCCAACAUCACCUGGGUAUAAUAUGCUGUUUCAUUCUGUCUUCCCCAUGUUACUGUUAGCAGUCCCUGAGCAGCAGAGAGACCAGCUUUCUCAUCAGUGAAGAACCAUCUGCAAAGCGAUUCAAUUUGUUCCUGAGACGACGUCUUAUGUUUAAAAAAGAUGAACAAAGCAAAGAUUCUAUCUUCUUCCGAGAUGGGAUUAGGCAAAUUGAUUUUGUGCUCUCGUAUGUUGAUGACAUAAAGAAAGAAGCGGAAUUAAAGGCGGAAAGGAGAAAAGAAUUUGAACAAAAUCUCAGAAAAACAGGUCUUGAGUUGGAAGUUGAAGACAAAAGGAACUCUGAAGAUGGAAGGACUUACUUUGUCAAGAUCCAUGCCCCUUGGGAGGUACUAGUUACUUACGCUGAAGUGUUGGGAAUCAAAAUGCCUAUUAAGGAGAGUGAUAUUCCUCCAUCUGAGAAUAUCCCCUAUAUGCUUGGGCCUCUGAAGCUCCCAAAGAAUGUGAGGCACCCUCAUCCUGAAUAUUUCACUGCCCAAUUCACCAGACAUCGGCAGGAACUCUUCCUCAUUGAAGACGAGUCAAGCUUCUUUCCAUCCUCAUCAAGAAACAGAAUUGUUUAUUAUAUUCUCUCACGGUGUCCUUUUGGCACAGAAGAUGGGAAGAAAAAGUUUGGAAUUGAAAGACUGCUAACUUCUAAUACUUACUCAUCUGCCUAUCCACUCCAUGAUGGUCAGUAUUGGAAGCCUUCAGAACCUCCCAAUCCUGUCAACGAGAGGUACAUACUUUGCCAGAAUUGGGCCCGGUUUUCCUAUUUUUACAAGGAGCAGCCUUUAGAUUUGGUUAGCUGCAGCCCACCUUUCUAUAAUCUGCUUUGUGAAAUUGAGGCUGGAACUCUGAAUAUCACCAGUAUGCUUUGCCAGUUAGCUCACUGCUGGGCUCUGCCAGCAAGAAGCACCAAGGAGACCAAAAGAUGGGAGGAGGAAAAAAGGUUUUGCCAACACUUGCAGAUCCAACCCCAUAUCUGUUCUGAGAUAGCCCACCAGCUUGCCAUACCUCCUCCUCAGAGACCUGGGUCCCAGCCCCACAGGCCCCCUCCUGUGACGUUAGAGAUAGCAGCACCAGCCGCGGACACCAUCUUCUGGGUUGACUUUCAGCUUGGGGGAGCACCAGUCACAUUGUUUUUGGAGUUUUGGAAACAGCGACAGGCCAGAAUGGAAUAUGAGUGGGACCUGGUGGAUUUCGAAGAGGAGCAACAACAGCUCCAGCUGAGACCGGAAUUUGAAGCGAUGUGUAAACAAAGGAAGAUGAAUGCAGUGACUAAGGAGAUGGAACCUUACAUGCCUCUAUGUAGUCGUCUUCCCUGGUACUUUUUAUCGGGAGCUACGGUGACAUUAUGGAUGGCCCUUGUCAUCGCGUGUAUGGUAGCUGUGAUUGUGUACCGCCUGUCAGUGUUUGCUACAUUUGCUAGCUUCAUGGAAAGUGAAGCAUCCUUCAAGCAUGUCAAAAGUUUCCUCACUCCCCAGAUAACCACGUCACUCAGUGGAUCCUGCUUGAACUUUAUCGUCAUCUUGAUCUUGAAUUUCUUUUAUGAAAAGAUAUCUGCGUGGAUUACAAAAAUGGAAAUUCCUCGAACUUACCAGGAAUAUGAGAGCAGUCUUACCUUGAAAAUGUUCCUGUUUCAGUUUGUGAAUUUUUACUCGUCCUGCUUCUAUGUAGCUUUCUUUAAAGGGAAGUUCGUGGGCUAUCCCGGAAAAUACACAUAUUUGUUUAAUGUAUGGAGAAGUGAAGAGUGUGAUCCUGGAGGCUGUCUGAUAGAAUUGACAACCCAGUUGACCAUCAUAAUGACUGGGAAACAGAUCUUCGGAAAUGUCAAAGAAGCCAUUUAUCCUAUGGUUCUGAAUUGGUGGAGACGUCGGAAAGCUCGGACCAACUCUGAAAAGCUAUACAGUCGAUGGGAGCAGGAUCAUGACCUUGAAACUUUUGGAUCUCUUGGGCUAUUCUAUGAGUAUUUAGAAACAGUUAUCCAGUUUGGAUUUGUUACAUUAUUUGUGGCCUCUUUUCCUUUGGCUCCUCUUCUUGCUCUCUUGAAUAAUAUUAUAGAGAUCCGAGUGGACGCCUGGAAACUUACGACUCAGUACAGGAGACCUGUUGCUGCUAAAGCUCACAGCAUAGGUGUUUGGCAAGACAUUCUUUAUGGAAUGGCUGUCCUUUCUGUUGCAACUAAUGCUUUUAUCGUUGCAUUUACAUCGGACAUCAUUCCCCGUUUAGUUUACUACUACGCCUAUUCAACAGAUGCCACUGAGCCCAUGAGAGGAUAUGUCAAUGACAGCCUGUCAACAUUCCUCAUAGCUGAUUUUCCAAACCACACUGCACCUUCGGAAAAACGAGACUUCAUCACUUGCAGGUACAGAGAUUACAGAUAUCCUCCUGAUCAUGAUCAGAAAUAUUUUCAUAAUAUGCAGUACUGGCAUGUCCUCGCUGCCAAGAUGACCUUCAUCAUCGUUAUGGAACAUGUUGUGUUUUUAGUUAAAUUUUUGUUGGCCUGGAUGAUCCCUGAUGUUCCAAAAGAUGUUCUGGACAGAAUCAAGCGAGAAAAGUUAAUGACUAUCAAGAUUCUACAUGACUUUGAGCUUAACAAAUUAAAAGAGAACUUGAGAAUUAAUUCUAGCGAACUUGCCAAACAAGUCUUGAUUCAGGAAAACAAAGCACAACUGGCUAAAUCAGCAGUCUAG